AUUCAGUUGAUGUUCCACCGAGGAGUAAACAGGAAGAAUUUAGUCGUCCAAAGAUUUUUGCUUUUUUUUGGGUCAGAAUUGGCGGCCAAAACAGGCGGUGAAAACCUGCUCUUUAAUGCCCAGAUUGCCUUGGUGAAUUGCUGCUGAACGGAAAUGAUUUGCCCAUCAAGGAUCAUGGUCAGAAUGGCUUCGCUGCGCUGCCUGAGGCUGUGCCACCCCACAGGCGAUGCUGUCUCUCACCUCCACACCAGCAGCCGUGCCUCUGCCAAGCAGCACUACAAGAUGCUGGUCCUUGGAGGAGGAAGUGGGGGGAUUUGCAUGAGUGCACGGAUGAAGAGAAUGUUUGGAGCCGAGAAUGUGGCCGUUGUGGAGCCAUCCGAGGUGCAUUACUAUCAGCCAAUAUGGACCCUUGUUGGGGCUGGAGCCAAAACUGUUGCCUCAUCGGCUCGUCCCACUGCCAGUGUUAUGCCGUCUGGUGUGAAGUGGGUGAAAUCCAAGGUCCAGGAAAUAAACCCAGACACAAACACUGUUCUUAUAGACGAUGGGACUGAGAUCUCUUAUGAAUAUUUGAUAGUGGCUCUUGGCUUACAGCUCCAUUAUGAAAAGAUUAAAGGCUUGCCUGAGGCAUUUGAGCAUCCAAAGAUUGGAUCAAACUACUCUGUCACAACGGUGGAGAAAACAUGGAAAGCUCUGCAGAACUUCAAAGAGGGAAACGCCAUUUUCACUUUCCCAAACACUCCUGUGAAAUGUGCCGGUGCGCCACAGAAGAUCAUGUACUUAUCGGAUGCCUACUUUAGAAAGACAGGAAAAAGGGCAAAGGCUAACGUGAUCUACAACACAUCACUUCCAGUGCUCUUUGGGAUCAAGAAGUACGCUGACACGUUGUGGGACAUCGUGAAAACCCGCGACCUACAAAUAAACCUCCGACACAAUCUGAUAGAAGUGCGGCCAGACAAACAAGAAGCCGUGUUUGAAAAUCUCGACAAUCCAGGGGAAACCAAAGUGUUUGAGUAUGAAAUGCUUCAUGUCACGCCACCGAUGGGGCCCAGCCUGGUGGUUAAAGGCAGUCCACUCGCUGAUGAGAACGGCUGGCUGGAUUUAAACAAAGAAACGCUCCAACAUAACAAAUAUCCAAAUGUGUUUGGGAUUGGAGACUGCAGCAACCUUCCCACAGCAAAAACCGGAGCCGCUGUCGCUGCACAGUCUGCGAUCCUGAACAGAACCAUCAGCAAAUUACUGAAAAACCAGAAGCCAGAUAAGAAGUAUGACGGCUACACCUCCUGUCCACUGGUCACGAGCUACAACACAGUUGUCCUGGCAGAGUUCGACUAUGACGGACAGCCACUGGAAACGUUCCCAAUCAACCAAGCCAAAGAGCGAAGAUUAAUGUACUACAUGAAGGCCGAUGUGAUGCCGCACCUCUACUGGCACGGGCUUCUCCGGGGCCUGUGGGGGGGACCUGGACCGUACAGGAAGAUCCUUCAUCUUGGCAUGAAGUAAAACCUCUCCAUCAACUAAAUGUUAUGUUUCCUAAAUAAAUUACAGAGAAACUAGCCGUAAACUACUCAUUAUGUCCUAAUCCCUGAAAGGACACACACACCUGUCUAUUAUCUUAACAUCAUGAAAUAACAGAUUCAUCUCAACUGCCUAAAAGUGGAGCUUUUAUAGUUACAACGAAAAUAAAUGACUUUAACAUGAGUGACUACUUUUGGUUCCACUGAUGAGCAGGAGCUGACAAGAUUUAAUGAUUUCAGACAUCUAAAUGUGCGGUGAACCUAGAGGAAGCUGUGGCUCAGAACUCCAGCAGGUAAAGAGGAACUGUUCUCCUGAGAAGUUUGAUCAGUGUCAUACAGCUGGGUUCAGCAUCCAGAUUAAUCCAACUAACUGAUGCACAGCCCAGCUAACGACGCUCACAACUGCCAAGUGUGCAAACUGGUCAAGCACAAUGUUGAGUUUGCUUCUGUUUUUGGUGUAAUCCCAUUAAUCAGUCCUUGCAGAUCUUCAUAGGAACGCCUUAACUCUGCUGCUUUAGUGCUUAUGGCAGUCUUUAAGGACUCUAUAUGAAUGCAUUAUUUUUCAUGUUGCUACAGUAAAAAGUGUGUGGUGCUGGUAGCUAGCGUCAUUUUUUCAUCUCACUUUAAUCCUGAAAACAGAGGAGUCCAAUUUAAAAUAUUUUACUGGAGUUCAUUUUAAAAAGGCUUGACUAUAAACAUGAAAACAACCAUAAGUGCUUUCUUUUAUAUUUUAUAUGUCAGCAUUGGAGGUUUUUUCUACAUUUAUGAUUUUUUUUCUAUAUGUCAUGGUGGCCACACAAUCAAAGCAAAAAUCAUUGACUAACAAAGAUGUAUUGUCCAUAAACCAAUAAAUUGGCAAUAAUGUUAAAACUCUUGUCUUUUUCCUUGUUUAAUAAUUAAAAAAUAGAAAUAAAUUGUUUGCUUGGUGUUAAACAUUAUUUUACCCUUUAGUUCAUUUUUCAUCAAAAUAUAACAUACGACCUUCAUGUUAUGUGCAGAUCUGCUUUGUAUUUCUCUUUUUAAGACAUUGAAUGCGUGUUGUCCAUUUUUAAUAAUCAGUUGUGUUACACCCGACAUUACUGCUGCAUUCUCAGUAGCCUCUGUGCAGCAGAAAUGUAUGACCAGGCCAACACUUCCAAGUUCAUCUUCCUUUUUUCACAUGUGGAUCAGUGGGAAGAGUAGUCUGAAGGUUGUGAUUACAGCUAACCCCCUUAUUCAUGUCAAAGUGGCCUCCGACAAGACGCUGAACCUUUACUUGUCUGAAACUGUGUGUAAAUGUGUUGCUGUUUGGGAACCUUGCAAAUGGAUGAAUGUGAUUUGUUAUGUCACCAUGAGUAGAAAAGCGCUGAAUACCUUCAGUCUGUUUGUUGUUGGAUGGUCUUAAACAGCUUAUACUGAAAGUUUUCCACAUCACGUUGUGGGGUUAACUAAUUAAACUUUUUGAUUUAUUUAGGUAUUAUUAAACUUUAAUUUCAUUUCAGUUUUAUUUUGUACAGACAAAUAUAAAAAGAAAAGGCAGUAAGACUGGCAACUCUGAGAAAGGCUUUUAGACAAUGUGUUAAAAGAAAAUAAAAGACUUAUCGAAAUUACUUCAAUUAAGUUAAACAAACAAUAUGAGAAUAGAAAAAUAUUGGUUCUUCAUAAAAUAAAGUUAAAAUAUGAAUCAAAUCUGAUCCUUUGAGUUGGGUUUAUAUAUUUACUUGUAAAUCAAUGUUUUAAUUUAACUCAUAUUGAUUCAUAGAGCUUUUCAUUUAAUUUUUAUAUUUUUUAAACAGCUGUUUUGUAUUUUAUUUGUCAGUUGUCACCUGUUGCUAAGUGGUCAUUUUGCAUCUUUAUGAUUAACCAUAUAUUCCUUUUUGCCUCCUUUAUGUCUGGCUGGUUAUUUUGUGGCUCUUGUUUGAAAAUGAAUGUAUUUCAUUCUGAAUAUGAAGUAAUGUAUAUUAUUUUCGUUGAUAGGCCAGAUCUAGAUCUAGAGAUAGGAAUGAGUGUAUUGUUUAUUGGUGAAAAAAAAAUGUGUGAAGAAUUAGUUGUCCUGUGAUAAUAAACUAACGUAUGCUUUGUCCAAACCUCAAGCAGUAUGUUUGGGUGCUUUUGCUUUUCUUACAAUUUUUAUUUUUUACUGUCUGGUCCAUAAUCACAUCAAUAAACGUUGCCUAAAAUAUAA